AUGAGGAAGACGCUGUCCCAUUUCGGUCACUAUAAUUUUCACCGAUUCUUCCCCUACUUCAGUGGCGGAGGGUAUGGCGAAUCUCUUCGGGAUGCAUCGACGACGAACCAUAACACCGUCAUCUCUUGUGGUGCCUUUCGAUGGCUGAGAUAUUUCAACAUCGAAGACAAUCCCAUAGGGUGGGAAUUUUUAUUUGGAUACCAGGGAAAGUUCAAGCAUUCUCUUCGGGAGUGGAGACAUAAGAUAAAGAAGAAAUGCUUUGAUUGUUUCACUCACAACUGGGAGAGGAUAUACAAGCGAGAUAAGAGGGUUGAGCCUGAGCACUUAGCUGCACUUAUAAUAUUGUGGGGCCAAGAGGAGCACCAGGAAAAAUGUAGGAGAAAUAAACUUAAUCGAUGGAAAAAAGAUUAUGAUCAUCAUACGGGGACUACUUCAUUUGCCCAGAUUGAGGAUCAAUUUUGUAGGACAACGAACGCUCCCUUUAUCCCACUACCAGAACUGCACAGGAGAACGAUGGUUCAAUUUAAGAAGGGGUACGAUGACGAUGAGGCUAAGAAACAAAAGCUAGAAUUGGCCAAGAAAAUGCAGGAAGCUCUGGAAAACACAUAUUCUGAGGUUGUUGCACAGAGCCAAGAGCCCCUGACUAGAGAGCAGAAUUAUAAUGUGAGCCAUCUAGUUUGUGGACUUCCUAAAAAAGGGAGGACCAGGUGGAUGGGAGUUGGAGCUCAGAGGGUGUCUACACAAUUCCAGCCUCCGCCGAUUUCAACACCAUCGACUAUGCCCUCGGGGCCCUCUUACAUGCCGCAGGAGGAUUGCACUCAGCAGGCGAUGCAGCUUGUUUCCUCUGUGAUGAGUAUGUUAGAUGGUCAGAUUCCCGAGGAGAUGUGGGAGGAUAUUCAAGAGGAGCUUAUGCGAGUGAUCCAGCCUACUGCUACUUUUGCGAUGGUUUCUAGGCAAAUAAUGAAAUCUUGUAGAAGGCGGGUUCCUACUCGGGUGCAAGGCCAGAUCAUGAAUUUCUUGGCCACUCAAAAGGCAUUUACUGGUAGUGGAGAGAGUAGCAGACAGGGUGGAGAUGAUGCUACUGGGAGCACGAGUCGUAGGGAUGGAUCCGCCAGUGGCAACGCGGACGAUGACAUGGAUAGGGCGGAUGACCUAUCUUAGUGAGUUAUAUCCUAAACUCGUGUCUGAUUAAUAUUGUGGACAUCUUUAUAGUUGAGAUUAUGCGUGUAUGGUUUGAUGUGGAUUUAGAACUUAUGACAUGUGUAUGGUUUGUUGUGAAAAUUGUUGU